CCAGCUUUUAAAAGCAAAUUCGUUGUUCUUUGUAGUUUACCUUGUAUCAAUAAGAGCAAUCAUGGAACUUGGCUAAAUAUUAACUUGGUAUACAAGGAAAUAGGAAAUUACAGGGAGAUUAAAGAUCAAAGAUCUUUGAUCUAGAGAGGAGCAGCCUGAAGCAAAUGGUAGACUGAGGGAGAAAUGACUGCUCAAUAUUCCAGGGCUCUGGGACUCUUCCUUUGGGUGUCCUGUUUGAGGUGGGCAGAAGGGGGGAAGUUGCUGGUGAUUCCAGUGGAUGGCAGCCACUGGCUCAGUAUGCGUGGGGUCCUUAAGGAGCUGCAGGUCAAAGGACAUGAAAUCGUGGUGAUUGCCCCUGAAGUGACUGCUCUUAUCCAAGAAGCCACAUUUUACAACCUCAGACGGUAUCCAGUGCCGUACCGGAAGGAGGAUCUGGAGGUCAGUUUUCAAUGGAUUAAAAACGAUCCUUUUGAGAAGUUAACAGUCUGGGAGACUUUUUCCAGAACAAUAGAAAGGAUGAAAAAUAACUCUGAUUUGCUUUUUACUGCCUGUUCCCAUUUGGUCUACAAUAAGGAGCUGAUGACCCACCUGGAAGACAUGUAUUUUGAUGCAGUUUUCACUAAUCCGUUUCUUCCCUGUGGCCCAAUUGUAGCCAAGUACCUCUCUCUUCCUGCCGUCCACUUUGUUCACGGAAUGCCAUGUAACCUUGACUUGGUCAGCAUGCGAUGUCCCAACCCCUCCUCAUACAUCCCAAGAAGCUUCUCGGGCAACACAGAUCACAUGACGUUUGGGCAGCGGGUGAAAAACAUGGCGCUCACCAUGGCACAAGUCUUCCUUUGCGAUUUUGUCUAUUCUCCCUACGAGCGUCUCGCCUCUGAACUCCUUGACAGAAAGGUGACCAUUGUGACUUUGAUGGAGCUCCUGAGCUAUGGAUCCAUUUGGCUUCUGAGAAGUGAUUUUGUAAAAGAGUACCCCAGGCCAAUCAUGCCCAACAUGAUUUUCAUUGGGGGAAUCAACUGUGCUUAUACAAAACCGUUAUCUCAGGAAUUUGAAGGCUAUGUGAAUGCUUCUGGGGAACAUGGAAUUGUGGUCUUCUCCCUGGGCUCUAUGGUCUCAGAAAUCCCAAUGGCCAAAGCCAUGGAAAUCGCUGACGCUUUGGGCACAAUACCUCAGACAGUAUUGUGGCGGUACACUGGAAAACCACCAUCCAAUCUGGCCAAGAACACCAAGCUCGUGAAAUGGCUUCCGCAGAAUGAUCUGCUUGGUCACCCGAAGACCCGGGCAUUCAUCACUCAUGCCGGCUCCCAUGGGAUCUACGAAGGACUCUGUAACGGCGUCCCGAUGGUGUUGAUGCCGUUGUUUGGAGAUCAGAUGGAUAAUGCUAAACGCAUGGAGUCAAGAGGGGCAGGGGUGACCCUGAAUGUCCUCGAAAUGACAUCUGCCGAUCUCAGCAAGGCACUGAAGACCGUUAUCAAUGACAAAAGCUACAAGGAAAACAUCAUGCGUCUCUCGGCUCUUCACAAAGAUCGGCCAAUCAGUCCCCUCGACCUUGCUGUAUUCUGGGUGGAGUUCGUGAUGAGAAACAAAGGGGCCCCCCACUUACGUCCUGCUGCCCAUGACCUCAACUGGUUCCAAUACCACUCCUUGGACGUCAUCGCUUUCCUCCUGGCUAUUGUGUUGACUGUUGUAUUCAUUGCUGUGAAAAGCUACAUGUUUUGUUGCCAGAAAUGCUUUGGCAAAAAAGGAAAAGCUAAGAAAGCCCCCAAAUCUAAGUCUCAUUGAGCCACAGAUUGAAAAUUAGGUGAAAUUUUAGUUCUCUGGAUGGAUUCUAAAAAUGUAGCCAUAUGAAUUUCAUGAAUUACACAAGUACACAGAUGUACAUAUGCAUUCUCAUGUAUAUGAGUCAGUUUCAAAUCAAUUUUUGAUAAAAAAAAAUAUCUCAAUCUUAUUUUGUUGCUUCUUGAAAUAGGACCCGUAGAGCUUUAGAGUCUGAAGACAAAUGUUUAGUCCAACUACUUUAUAUUACAGCUGAGGAAACAGAAGUGGGAGGAGGAGAAACUUGGGCUAAAGAUGAGUCUUAGAUGAGGCUUCUGAUAGUUUCCUUCUCACAUAGAGGAGUGAUUAGUUGCACUUUGCUUGACCUCAAAGGAUAGAAUCAAAAAUAAAGGGAUCUGGAGGAAUUACAUUUUAGGUCAGGGUCAGUAAAAUCUUCCUAAUGAUUGGAACUAUCCAACAGCAAGGGACUGCCUCAGGAAGAAGCAAGUUUCCCCCCCCCCCCAUUCACUGAGGCUUUCCAAGUCAGCCCUGAAUGAGCAGUGCCUGGAGCAUUGUAUAGGAACACCCUGAGAUCUUAAUUCAUAUACAAGAUUCGGUGACCCCUGAGGUCUUUUCCAACUCUCAGAUUCUAUGAUUCUAAGACCUUCUCCAGAAUCACAUGGCUAGUUUGCCCUGAGCUGGAGCAGAAGCCAGGUCUUUCUCCCUCUCAAAACAGGAUGAUUAGGAAAGUUAGGGCAUAAAUGCAGAACUCAUUCUCUUCCAUUCUUCAGGAUUCUAGCUUCUAGGGUUUUGCUUAAUAAAACUGGAGAAGUCAAUUAUCCACUUGGAGUCAUCAUUUUUUAACUGGAAAAUUCAUACUGCAUCCCUUCCAGGUGUCUUUCUAAUGACUUAUGAGUGCUAAUCAUUUAUUGUAAUGUUAAUGCGUCCCUGCCAUUUCCUCUGUAUUUCAGUUUCCAUUUCUUUGCAAAACACCUGGAUGCUGUUGGGUUUGGGCUCUUUCUCUAAGAAUCAUGGGCUCAAGAUUCAUGCCAUCCCUUUGGACACAGGAAAGUGGGCACAAAAUCCUCAUCAUGUUGGGAAUUAAUUAUACCAUGCCCCUUGAAGGAAAUGGGUUGUUUUUGCCUUGCAAGACCAAGAUAUAUCAGGGCAAAAAAAUGCCAUGUGGCACUCCACUUUCCAACUAUUUAGCAAAUAUAGCUAUAUUUAUCAAAAAUGUAUAUAAUAUAUAUAGCAAAGUUCCAAGUUAUCAUAUUGCUCAAAGCAAGACUAAAUAUAUGAAUAAAUUCCUACUAAUUAAUUUUCUUGGA